CUUUCACAGCUAAAAGAAGUAUCGAAAUCCUAACGGACGUUGGAGGGUUAUAUUUACCCAAAACUUAAUUUCAAAUGGGCCCCGUCGCCUAGCGUUUACUCCCCCAGCCUCGCCGACUGAGUUGAAUUGGGUGCUUCUGAACAUCAAGCACGUCCGAAAGGUUUCCAUCAAGCACAGUGAACAGCAACCAAAGACCUAAGAAUGGCAGCUAUUCCAGCAGGCGGUUCUCUUGUGGCAACCACUGACUACUACCGAAGGCGCAUCGGCUCUACAUCCAGCAGCAGCUCUUGUGGCAGUUCGGAGUACAGUGGAGAGGUCAUUCCUCACCACCCAGGUCUCCCCAAGCAGGAUUCUGGCCAUUGGUGGUCCAGUUUCUUCUUUGGGAAGCAGCCAGGGAUGACCCCACUGACUGAGGAGGCACAGCUGAAGGCAGGGGCUUCAGGUGUUGUGACCAACGGUCAGAUCACCUGCGUUGCCAGGGAGAUGGUGGUGCAACGCCAGGUGAGUGAGACCAAUGAUGCAGGAAGCCCCACCUCUUCCUGAUCCUGCAGUCUCACUCUGAUCUACACCACACCUUGGGGACGGCGGGGGGGGGGCAUCAAACCAAUGACCAACGCUAGGUGACGGGAUGACGUCCCGUUUAUAACCCUUUCAUUCCUUUUUUUUUAUUAUUAUUAUAAUUAUUCACUGUAGUAUAGGCUGCCUUUUGUGUUAUUGUUUUCAGUAACCUUGUGUUUUUUAUUGACAACUUAAAAAAGAAAAAAAAAAGUAACAUGACUGAUAAGCGCUCUCUCUCUUUUUUUUUAAAUUAACAUUUGUACUGUUCUUGUUCUGUUUGUAAUACUUUGGUGCAUAGAAACACUGUGGUGAAAACUUCCACAUCUGUUUGUUAAACAUUUUCCACUUUGUCACCCUGAUUGCAAAUGCAAUAAAGUAGACUCUUGCAGCCUAA